AAUCGCCAACCUCAUUGACCCUCCUCUCAUGUUCCCCUUCAAGCUAUUAUAAAUUCAUUUCACACCCAUAACUCCAUUUUUAAUAACUCAAUAUACUAACCUUGAUGUCUCGUUUUGGAGGAUCAAACAAGCUGCCGGGAAACCCAAUUGUCGCCGGCCACAAUUUCAAUCUCGGCACCAGUAGGUCAACAAUGGAGCUGCAAAGAUACACAAGAAAAGCAAAGCCUAGCAUCUCCCCAACGCUAGCAGAGCUGCUAAUGCGCGUUGAAGAUGUGAAGAGUCCGGCUGAUCACAGAGUUCUUGAUCUAGCCUAUGGUUGCAGCUCCAUACCCGCAUCUUCACCUUUUGUUCUUUCUUUUAACAACUUAACUUACAGUGUUAAGGUUGGAAAGAAGCUCGGUUUUCCCUGGUGGGGGAAACACCGUGUUGAAUCCGGUGAGAUUGACACCAGGGUUUUGUUGAACGACAUAUCAGGCGAAGCACGAGAAGGUGAGAUCAUGGCGGUUCUUGGCGCAAGUGGGUCUGGUAAAUCAACAUUGAUUGAUGCUGUUGCAGACAGGAUAUCAAAAGAGAGUCUCAAGGGUUCAGUGACUUUGAAUGGAGAGGUUUUGGAAUCACGUCUGUUGAAGGUGAUUUCUGCUUAUGUUAUGCAAGAUGAUCUUUUAUUUCCCAUGUUAACAGUUGAAGAAACAUUAAUGUUCUCAGCUGAGUUCAGACUUCCUCGUUCACUUUCCAAGAGGAAGAAGAGAUCAAGAGUUGAAGCUUUGAUUGAUCAGCUAGGUCUGAGAAGUGCAGCCAAGACAAUAAUUGGUGAUGAAGGACAUAGAGGAGUCUCUGGAGGGGAACGAAGAAGAGUUUCUAUUGGAAUUGAUAUUAUUCAUGAUCCAAUUCUCUUGUUUUUAGAUGAACCAACUUCAGGACUUGAUUCAACCAGUGCUUUCAUGGUUGUCAAAGUGUUGCAGAGAAUUGCACAGAGUGGAAGUAUUGUGAUCAUGUCAAUUCAUCAACCCAGUUACAGAAUUUUGGGUUUGCUUGAUCAUUUAAUCUUUCUUUCACAUGGACAAACAGUUUACAGUGGCUCACCUGCUACUCUCUCUCUCUUCUUUGAAAAUUUUGGACAUCCAAUUCCAGAAAACGAGAAUCGUACAGAGUUUGCUCUUGAUUUAAUUCGGGAGCUUGAAGAAAACCCAGAUGGAACAAAGAAUCUAGUUGAAUUCAACAAAUCAUGGCAAGCUGCUAAUAAACCAAUAAACAACUACUCCAAUAAACCCUCUGUUUCACUAAAAGACGCCAUUAGUGCCAGCAUUUCAAGAGGCAAACUAGUUUCAGGAGCAACCAAUGAUUCCAAUUUAACAUCUCCAGAUCAUGUUCCAACAUUUGCAAAUCCAUUUUGGAUUGAAAUCAUGGUAAUCGCAAAAAGAUCACUCACCAAUUCUAGAAGAACGCCAGAACUGUUUGGUAUUCGUUUAGGUGCAGUUCUCGUUACAGGAAUCAUCUUGGCCACCAUCUUCUGGAAACUCGACAAUUCACCAAAAGGCGUCCAAGAAAGAUUAGGGUUCUUCGCUUUCGCCAUGUCAACCACCUUCUACACCUGCGCAGAAGCCAUCCCUGUCUUCCUCCAAGAAAGAUACAUCUUCAUGAGAGAAACCGCCUACAACGCAUAUCGUCGAUCAUCUUACGUUCUCGCUCACUCCAUAAUCUCCAUUCCUUCUCUGGUUAUCCUCUCCAUUGCCUUCGCUGCCACAACAUUCUGGGCAGUACGUCUCGCCGGCGGUAUCUCCGGUUUCCUCUUCUUCUUCUUCACAAUUUUGGCCUCCUUCUGGGCAGGAAGUUCCUUCGUCACUUUCCUCUCCGGUGUAGUCUCUCACGUGAUGUUAGGGUUUACCAUCGUAGUAGCCAUCUUAGCCUACUUCCUUCUCUUCAGCGGAUUCUUCAUUUCUCGAGACCGUAUCCCUCCGUACUGGAUCUGGUUCCAUUACGCUUCUCUAGUCAAAUACCCAUACGAAGGUGUUCUCCAAAACGAAUUCCAAGAUCCGACGAAAUGCUUCGUCCGCGGCGUGCAGAUGUUCGACAACACGCCGCUCGCCGCAGUGCCGGAGUCGGUGAAACUGAGACUGUUGAAAAGCAUGAGCGGUGCGUUGGGCAUGAACAUUACGGGCUCAACCUGUGUGACUACUGGCGUGGAUCUGGAGCAGCAAGGAAUCACAGACAUCUCCAAAUGGAACUGUCUCUGGAUCAGUGUUGCCUGGGGGUUUUUCUUUAGGAUUCUGUUUUACUUUGCUUUGUUGUUGGGGAGUAAGAAUAAGAGGAGAUGAAGAUGAUGAUUUCAAAUUUCAAAACUCAGAAAUUCAAAUUCAAACUCCUCUGUGAUUUGUUAAUUCAGAUUCUGGUUUUACCAUCAAGUUCAUGUUUUUCUACGUCAAACGGUAACAUGAAAUUCAUGUAACUCAUCUGCAAUUGUAGUUAUGGAGUAGUUUCUUAACCUCUUCCGCAUUCAUGAACAUGUUGAAUGUGGAUUAUGUUGUUGAAAUUUUACUUAUAUUGUGAAUUCGAGGUUUGAUUAUGUAAUUUGAAUGUA